UUGGCUCCAGUUUUUAACUUUAGAAUUUUAUAUAGGUCAUUCUUGGUGGUUUGGUCGGGCCAUGAAGCCGCGCGGUUGGGCCCUCGUUCUCUUCCACGUGGCCACCUUGGCCGUGAUCAUCGUACUCUUUUCUCAUGGCCGGCCUGUGAGUUUCACAGGCUCCUGCAAAGAGGCGCCCAGGCUACAACCUCGCCCAAGGAGCAUGUUGAAGCCCCUCUCGAAGUCACUGCCAUCACCGUCACAGGAGCGCACCAAGAGCGAUGAAAGGCUGUGGCCAUUCUUGGCGGCAGUCUGCGCCUUCAUCGUAGGUAUCGCGCCGAUGCAGGGGCUGGAGCCAGUAGCACAGGCCUUCGAGGACCUCAAUCCAGAAGAAUCCGUCACAGUGGAUUUGUUCCAGAAGAGCACUCCUGGAGUCGUUUUUGUCACGAAUGAGGUGUUCAAGCUGGCAAACACACAGAAGAUGGAGGUGGAGGCUGUGCCUACUGGAACUGGCAGUGGCUGGGUCUUUGACAAUGAGGGGCACAUUAUCACGAACUACCACGUCAUAGAGAAGGCCAGCUUUGUAACGGUCAAGUUCAUUGAGGGAACUGAGGUGGUGGCAAAAGUCAUAGGUGCAGACGAAUACAGCGAUGUUGCUGUUCUUCAGGUAGAUCUUCCAGCCCAGCGCAAAGCAAUGUUGCGGCCUUUACAGCGAGGCACGUCAGCGGGCUUGCGGGUGGGCCAAGAAGUGUAUGCCAUCGGAAAUCCGUUUGGCUUGGACCACACCCUCACAAAGGGCAUCGUGUCUGGUGUUGGUCGAACAAUCCAGAGUGUGGGCGGCCGGCCCAUCCAGGGUGCCAUCCAGACAGAUGCAUCCAUCAACCCUGGGAAUAGCGGAGGGCCUUUGCUCAACUCCCGGGGGCAGGUCAUCGGCAUGAACACAGCGAUCUUCUCCCCCAGUGGGGCCUCGGCCGGCAUUGGCUUUGCCAUACCCAGUGACACCGUCUCGGCGCGCGUCAACAGCAUUUUGAAGUUUGGCUACGUGAAAAGAGCUGGCUUGGGCCUCUAUCUUGGCCAGGAUGGUCUGGCCCAGCGACUGUCAGGACGACCUGGCGGCGUGGUGGCUGGGUUGCAGAAAAAUAGUGCAGCUGGAGAGGCAGGCGUGAAGCCAGGAGACAUUCUGGAGGUCAUCGAUGGGAGGAGGAUCAAGACAGUGAAUGACAUAUAUGCGGCCCUUGAUGAACAUCAGCCUGGUGAUGUGGUCAAGGUGAAGCUGCUUCGGCCUGACAAGCCCGACGAACUAGGACUCCCAGAGUCGGACGUGACCUUCAGAGAGGUGCCGUUGGAAAUCACACUGAAGGAGGUGCAGAAGCAAGGAUGAUGAAGGGUGUACACUUUUGGACAUGACAUGGCAAUCAUUGGUAAUAUCGUCCGCAUGUCAGAUGUGCUGACGCACUCACUAUUAUUUGCCACCACUUAGCGUUUGCUUGAGGUUGGCGGUUGGUACGACUGUUCUGAAGUCGUGCGGUGCAGCAAAGCCCCUGUGCCAGAUCACUUAAAGGCCUGGCCAGGCCAGUUUCUUUCUCAAUGAGAUGGGCCACCUUUUGACAGCCUGGCCAGGAGAAAUCGAUUUCGCCAUGGAUGUGGCAAAUUGACAUAGAUAAGCUGAAAUACAGUUUGGUGAAGCGACCUUGAUCCACACCAAGCUGCUCCAGCUUGUUAACGAGCCAUUUCUUGAAAGACCCAGAGACCUUCAGCAGUGCAA